AUGCAUAACUUAACUAAGGGUUUUGCUUGUAAUGAUUUGAGUGUGGAGUGGCCUAUUGUACUUGGGCUGAUGAUUUCGAAGGUGGUGAUGUUUUCAGGGAUGAGAAAUUUAGAGUGGUCUGAGAAAUUGAGAGUGAGUUGUGGGCUGUUGAGAUUAGCAUGGUGGUGUGUUUUCAAGAAGGUAGAAGUUGAGCUUGAUUUUUCUGCUAUUGUGAAGGUAUUUGAAUGGAGUUUCUAUGAGUGGCGUUGUGUGAUAUCUGGGGCAGCCUCACAAACUGUAAAAACUUCCACCCCUCAGAAGAUGAUUCCAAAGCCAUUGCGCACACUUGCCACUGGCAGUGCUGUCAUCUUGGGCGGUGUGCUUGCUCUCAACAUCACUUCCUCUAUUGCUGUCAGUGUGCUUCGUUUUGCCACUGAUCUAAAACUGAGAAGAGUUGCGAUGCCUUGUGGCGUUUGCAGAGGAAAAGGGUUUUACUUAUGCAAGCUGUGCAAAGGGAAUGCUAGUAUAAACUGGUCACCUUUGCAUGAUCCUAUUGCAAUCAAUCCUUGCCUUUGCCCUACUUGUGAUGGUAAUAGUUUUCAUUACGUUGUUUAUUAUGCUUUUUUGCGGCUUUUGUUGAUGACUUAUUAUCUAUUGCAGGGUACAACGUUGUCUGAACUGCCUCGGGAAGGGCUACAGAUGAUUUUUCAGAUGUUAAAAACUAAAUUCUUUGUUAUCACGGCCAGAUGGGCAUCCAGGUGCAUACAGAUUUUGAUUGUGUACAUUGGUGCAGAAGACAAAAAUGCCAGAGUUCAGAAUGAUUGUUUACUCUGGUGGAUGCCUGGGCCAAUUGACUUCUGGAAUGAUGUGAUAAAGGAGAUGGCUAUGAGUAUUAGGAAUACUGCCCCCAUGGAAGUUGUUGAUGAUGAUAGCUUCCCUGCUUGUGGGUGCAACCAAGGUCGUUGA